AUGGCCAAGACUCAGAAAACAGCCCCCUCAAGGCGCUCCCGCGCCGCCCGCCGCGCAACAUCCCCUUCCAUCAACACCGACAAGUCUCUCAAAAACGCCUCCCUCCCAGACUCAUCUUCCAGCGCCGCCCCCCGACCGUCCGUCCUCGCCGCCCGCCACAACGCCGGAGUCACCAAGAAAGUCCGCCGCGGCCGCGCCGUCUCGGCAAAGGGCCGCCGGCGGCAGGAAAAGGGCCUCGAGAUGGCCGAGGCCAUCGUCGAGCGCACGAGCAAGAAGCUAGAGAAGAGCUUCAGCAGGGCGCGCGUCGUGCAGUCGCGGGCCAAGAAGUGGGACGACAUCAACAAAGAUGCGCAGAAGAGCAAGGAGAAUGCCUUUGCGGUGCUGAUGCAGGAGGGGGAUGAGGAGGACAAGGAGGAGAGGGAGUGGGAGACGGACGAGGAGAUGGAUGGCGAGAAUGCUGUCAAGGCUGCUGAUGCUGCUGCUGCUGCUGUUCAGCCAACGGUGGCUGCACCAAUGCUGGAUGACGACGAUGACGAGAUUCUAUGA